CUUUGGAUGCUGGAAUUCUGAAAAAGAAGUGCAGGAAAAGCUCAAGUCUGGCAACAUCUGUGGAAGGAGUUAACAUUUCAAGUCGAAUAUGACUCUGGGACACCAUGGCUUCAAGGACAGCAAUCACAUUAGUGGACACUGAUAACAUGCUGAAGUUUUUUGGUGAGAAACUCAAUACUCUUGUCGAAAGUUUUAAAGCAAAUGAAGUAUGGCUGAAAGAAAUCCAAGAGGAGGCCAAAAAGAUGUUCAUCAGUGACUUUAAUGCAGAGCCUGAGUUGAUGCCAAAAACACCUUCAGAGAGAAAACGGCUCAGGAGACGCCCAUCUGUAACCCAGGAUCCAAAUAAGAGGUUUUCUAGAAGCAGAAAAAGUUUAAGGCGUUCAUCAAUUCAGCGGCCAAAGCACUCAAAUAGAAUCUUUGUGGAAGAUAACAGUGACUGCAAUAAAAUAGUUGAGCAGGCCCAUCCUGUUCGUCUGACACGAUUAGCAUCACGUGCAGCAGCAGCGACUGCCAGUCUAGAAACUGAAAAGAACAAUGUAUGCCCUAUUGUCCCAGUUAAUGGUAGAGUUCCAUUGGUUGAACUGUCACUGAAUGACUGCAAGAGUGCAGAGUUACAAAAGAAUCAUGUGGCCAACUUAGCCCAAACUCUGCUGACUUUUGAAGAUGUGAACUUGAUUCAAAAAGCUGUUGAAGUAAACCCGCCUCCUCCAAGUGGACCUAUUUUGGAAACGUUGACUCCUGCUGCCUCUGCAGUGAACACCAUCAGUACAAAUCAUGAAGCAACAAAGCUGAAAACAGAUGUUACUAAAGAAAAUGCAGUUUGUGGAGAGGCUGGCUCGACUAACUGUCAACUGAGCAAUGCACCAUCUGCAGGUGGGGUUUGCAUCCCUGGGGAAGAUGAAAAUAAGCCUGUUCAUAACGGUACUAACUGUAGUUUAGUACGGAAAAGUAUUGCCAGUCGCAGGUCCAGCUGUGUCAGGUUGAUGGAUAAAUAUUCAUUGAAUGUUCAAAGGGCUGCCAUGGUGCAGGAAUCCACCAGAAAAUCAUUGCGUAAAUCUAUUGCCAGGAGAAAAAAUAUUCUGGAGACCUCUGCUUCCAGUUACCGUCUCUCCAUUGAGAAAGUGACUGAAAAUGCAGAAAAAGAAUGUGUUGAAGUGAUUGAACUUGAGCAACCAAAGCAAAACCAGCCAACCACAUUGGUUCCUGAAAAUCAAGGUCGUAGAUGCACUAGAAAUGCCACACAAAUUGCCAUGAGCAAUCUUGAGGACAAUGUAUCUAAGCCGCAAGCUUCUAGGAAUUCACCUGGAGUUCAGCGAAAAGAAAGCAACAAUUCUGAUAAUCAGAGGCUUGGAUGCAAAAAUAGUUGCAAACAAGGAGUGGAAGAUGUGCUUAAUAGCUCUGGAGUAUUGAACUGUGAUGAUUCUCCACCAAGAAAGAAGACUCCUUCGUCACCUUGUCCUGCUAGUAAAGUAGUUCGACCAAAACACAAAAGCUUCCUCCACGCAGUUCAGAAGAAUCAGUUGCUGAUGACUCCUGUUUCUGUUGGCCGCUCGAUGGUGAAGUCCUUCAUCAAACGCAACACGCCUUUGAAAGUUGAUCCCAAGGAAAAGGAGAAGAUCCGCCUGGAAAAUCUAAAGAAGAAGCAAGAACAGGAAGAAGAAAGGAUACAGAGAGUGGAGGAAGAGAAGAAACACAAAUUGGAAGAGCUUAAAAAAAAGCGGGAAAUGCGGCUGAAACGUGUUUUGGAAACUCGUUCUCGAGUUGAGCAGCAAGAGGAGGAAAAGAGAAAGAGAAAAAUUGAGCAAAAAAAUUCACAGAUUGAUGAGAAGAAUGAAAAGAUGCGUGAGGAACGACUUGCUGAAGAAAAAGCUAAAAAGAAAGUGGCUGCUGAAAGGAUGGAGGAGGCAGAAACUCGAAGGUUGCAAGAAGAGGAAAUCAGAAAACAGAAAUUGCAACAGCUGGAAGAAGAACGCCAAGAGCUACUGCAGCGCAAGAAGGAGGAAGAGCUUGAACGGCAAUGUAAAAUGGUGGAAGCCAGAAAGCUUCAAGAGCAGCAGCAAGCUGAGCUAGAGAGGGAGCGACUGCAUGAGUUGCAACUGGCCGCAGAUAGGGAGCGGGAAAGAAUGCGGGAACAAGAGAGCAUCCAGGCAGAGAAAGAACGUGAACGUCUGGAGAAAGAAAAGGCCCUCCAGUUACAGCAAGAGCUGGAGCGAACAGCACGGGAGAAUGCUGCACUGCAGGCUCAACGAGAAAUGGAAAAGCUUCACGAGGAAGCACAAGAGAAAGGCAGAAAGCAGGAAGAGCAAUUACCAGAGCUGAAAAGUCAGUCGUUAGAAAAUGAGAGAACCACAAAACAGAAAUUGGAGCAAGAAAAAGAGAAUAGACUUUGUGGAGAUCAGCAAAGAAAAUGGAAGGAAGAACAGGACAAAGUGAAGGAAGAGGUCUUCAACAAAAAUAUAUUGAAUGUAACUGUGGAGCUGCAUCACUCUCCAGCUUUGGAGUCUUACACUAUGACUCCCAAUAGCUAUUCCAAAAUCAAGUUGCCUAAAGUAAAUUUGGAAAGUUAUGGAAUGGACCUGCAAAGUGAUGACUCGACAGAUGAUGAGGGGGCACCCCGUAAACCGAUCCCUAGUUGGGCUAAUGGUAAACAAUUGCAGCAAGCGCUCAUCAAACAGUAUUACCACCCACUUGAUCUAGACAAAUUCUUCGGUGUCAUUCAACCCCCAAAUCUUGAGGGUAUCUUUGGUAAAAGCAAGCCACGUUACCUGAAACGCACUAGUUCUGCAGUGUGGCAGUCACCGCCAGUAUUAAACAGCAUUAAGAAUGUAUCCUAUGGUUUUAUGAAAUACUGAACUAUCCCUGUUGUAUAUCAAAUGACAUUGCAAACACUGCAACAAGUAAAACUAUCGGCUGCUCUCAUUGUUUUUGCCCUUUUCUAUAUUGUAUCUUUGUUGCCUGAUUUACCUCUGUCUAAUUUUGAAGAUGAACAGCUCUCUUGGCUGCUCCUCAGAAAUCUUAUUGUGCAUUAUUGUUUUAAAGUUUUUGAAUUUUAGUACACAGGUUUUUUUCAUUUGAAUUUAUCUGGUGUCUAAGUUCAAAUCUUGAUGGGAUGAAAGUCUCUGCCUGCCUGCUUUCUAUAAGGGUCAUGCACAACAUGUUUAUGGGAAGUCUUGAACCAGUUCAUGCUGUGGCAUAAGCCUGCAGCACAAAACUCUCUAAUUUGUACUUAUAGGUCAGCUCAAUGCCUGAUGUGUGAAAUUACAGCAGGUGCAAGGGGGAAGGAAUCUUGAGUGCAGUACGGGGUGCUUUUCUGUUGUUGGGACAGAGUACAAGAAGCUUUGUUAUGCAUCUGACUGCACACCUUAUCUCAAAUGCUUGAUGCUGGGUGCUUGAAAUAGGCUGGUUUCUAAUUCUCAACUGGAGAAAUUACCUCAUCUUUAGUGCACAUUGUAAAAAGGACUCUAUUUCCAUUGGAACAAUACUUCCUAACUAAAUAAUUGAUCUUGGGUGUAUUAUGCCAUUAAUUUUUUGGAAGUUUAUAGAAUAGCACUUUUUAAACAAAGAUACUAGAAAUAUCUAGCCAUGUGGACUGAGAUUCAGUUCCUUGAGUUAACUGAUCUCAGUUGGGAUGGCAAUUUUUUAAAUGUUGAAAUCAAUAAAAGCACUUCUGGGGCUAAGGACUAGGAAAAUGACCAGCGUUCCCACUUCUAAUUUGUUUUCCUUUGUUGAAAGUGCAUGGGGAUGUCCGAGGACAGAAUUGGGCUUAUCUGUUUGUUUGUUUUUCCUUUCACAAAAUGGCCAGCUAACAUCCACCACUUAGACUUGUGUGUAGGAUGGUCACUUGGCAGGAAUCCUACCCUGGCAAGAGUUGUCUUGAAAGGAAGAGAAAAUUGAUGACAAAAAUAUCCUUGAUGUUUGAAAAACUGCACUGGGGCAACACUUGUAAUUCUGCCAAGAGGCUGAAACUUCAAGGUUCAAGAUGACUUCAAAUGCAAUGCAAGUCUAAGCUGUCUUAGUGUCUACCUUUGUAAUGAGCAUCUUGGUGUAAAGUGUUUUUUGUAAAUAAAUCAUAUUCAAAAGUCUAAA